AUGGGCGAUGACACUCUGACCUCGCUCUGCAGGGCUUUCAUUACCAAGCUGAAUGGUUGCGCUGCCGAGAACUACGACGGCCAGCCCUUCUUUCCCAACGGCACCGCCAACGACAUCUUUAGAAGCAACCUGCAAGAGCUUCGGGAUCUUCUUCGGUGCCUUCUUCGCAUACACUCGGACGAUCAGUUGUCCGGAAUCGUCAAGCGGAUUCUGAAGGAUCACAGCAACGUUCUUGCCAUUCUCCUAUUAAUUCGCCUGCCAAGCGACGAACUCGAGCGAUAUGUGCGGAAGAUCCCCAAUGGAAACGCUUUUGGACAGACAAUCUGUCUCACCGACGAUCGCCUUCCAGUGAACCGGAAUGAUGCCCAGCGCUUAUUUCCCGAUCUGGGUGAUAAUUUCUAUGGGAUGCAGUUCCACUUUUGCCCGGUGACACUGAGAAAACAUCACGAGGCCUCCUAUGACAACGACAAAAGAAGAUUCCCGCUUCCUUAUCUCUCCCAGGAACCGAUCGGGGAAGGGUCGUUUGGCCACGUUUACAAGGUCGAGAUUGCGAGUCGCCAAUGGGAGUCAGAGGAUGGACGAAGUGACACGCCCCGUUGGCUGGCCAGAAAGGAAUUUAAGAUCAACCGCAGAAACGCCUUUUAUGAAGAGAAACUCGUCCUGGACUGGAUUCGGAAGCAACGAACAAAACACGGAAACGUUGCUGUUCAUCUUGCCAGUCUGCAGCACGGGUCUACAUUCAGCCUCUUCUUUCAUUUGGCCUCCUGCAAUCUAUGGGAAUAUCUCAGCGGGGGUGAUGUUUGCAAGACGCUGCAAUCUUACCCAGGCGAGUCUUACAAGCCUUCAAACUUGAAAGAAAAGGCUGCCAUCUUUGGUCGUGGUCGUGAUGUAGCCGGGGCCCUGGCAUUUCUGCAUACCCGGUUUGAAAGUGAUGAAUUCAAAAACGUCGCUUGCUACCAUCUCGACCUCAAGCCCCACAAUAUUCUGGUUUUUGAUGCAUACCAAGAAGACAGAGAACAAUGGAAGAUCACUGAUUUCGGUCUUUCGCGAGUAAAGAGCUGGAGAACCCCAGUUGGAGACAUCAGACUUCCAUUCAUCAGACGCCCAGAGAUUCCGGGCACAAGGAAUAAUCGAGGUGAGGGAACAUAUCUGGCACCUGAGGCCGACAAGGGCAAAAUGAGAAUGGAGAGCGACGUCUGGAGCUUUGGGUGCAUUUUCAGCCUGGUCCUGUCCUAUAUCGAUGGUGGACCAAGCAGAGUGAAAGAAUUCCAGCGACAGCGUACUCAAUUGCAGUCUCAUAAUGAUUGCUUCUACAUUACCGAUUAUUGGAAUAGACACAUACUGUCCCCGGUGGUUGCUAACUGGUUCAUCAGACUUGAGGAGAGCGCCAAUAGUAGGGGAAAUCCAGAAGCGCGUGUCUUCCAGGAAACAUUGGAGUUUCUGAGAAAGAAAGCACUGAAUCCCGAAUGGUCCAAGCGGCCCGCCACCGAAAAGCUCUACAAUGAGCUACGCCGUAUAAGUUCCAUCUUCAAUAGUCAGCAGGGCAUGCCGUCGCCAAAUCCACGCAGAAACUCUUCCGGUCGUUCGUUCCGCCGGGUGCUCUCUAGCAGACCUCAGAAACUCGGGGUUUCUAACAUGACUGGUAGUACUUUCUCCCCCGGCGGCAAAUUGUUGGCAUUCUACUCGUCUCGGACAAUCGUAGUGUUCGAUGUAGAACGCAUCCAACAAGCUACCACCCUCCACAAUCCUCAACCGACCUUUUCUUUUCCUGCCAAAAAUGGACCCUGGCAGUGUUGCGCGAUUAGUUCAACUUAUCUCUGUGCUUGGCGGCAAGCGAGCAGUUUUGAGUGUUACAUAUAUCCCAUACUACCAGCCUUUCCGUCAACCGAGAAUUCCAAUGUGAUUGAGGGGAGAAGGGUGUCUUUUCCCAACAUUGGACAAAUCCGGGAAGUGGCUCUGUCACCAGACGGCAUGUUCAUCGCAUUCGCCGCAUACUCUUCCCCCAACUUCACAGAUCCUACCCGCACUAUCCUUUUUAUGUUCGAAACACAACGCCUGAUCGAUGGGUCAGCUGAAGGCAACCUAUCUCCGCCUUCCAGCAGAUCCAGCUCAUUGGCCUCAGACGCGUCCUCGAACCGGAGUCUUGGGGGGAAUAGUUACACCGUUCCACGAUUGCAUAGCGUCGGCCACAUCAAGCAUAUAUCGUCCUUGGCUUUCUCUACCAAUGGUCGAUACCUUAUUAUGUGUGCCCAAGAUGAAUUUCGUUCGUUAUUUAUCCAGGCAUGGCAGACAGCUCGCGAUGCAUUUCUGGUCAAAUUCUUCAUUCCUUACCAGGGCUCAGACCAUCUAUCGGGGGCAAACUUUACCGCAUGUGCCCUGUUCAAUGGCUUGCCCACGCUGGUUAUGCUACUCCAACAACAGCAGAUGGUUAUAAUCCCAAAUUUGGGUUCUGGACCCCCCACGUUGAAAACCCUGGAAAUUCGUGCGCAUAAUAUCUUUGUACAAGAUGAUGACAAUUCAAUCAUUCUCGUUGGAGAUAAGGGCAGUGGACUCAACCGUGCCCUGCGAGUCUACACAAUGCCAGCCUCUGGCAACAGCCAGUCGAUGAAACCAGAAGAGGUUGCCCAAACCGAGAUCUGGUCGUAUGAAAGGAGCACAGAUAGCAUUGCCCUCACUGGCAUUAAUGAAAAUGGCGAGAGAGCGAUACUGAUAGCCACUCUGAAAGGAUCAUUCGUCCAGGUCUUUCUCCCUAGGGAGGGCUGA